AUGGAGUCCUUAAUACAACGGAUCAACGAACACAUCCGUGUGGAGGACGAUGCCGCCUCCGCAACUGAGAAAGCUAAUCCGAUCGCGGCGGACAGAAGAAUGGCGGGGAAGGAACGGGGGCACCGAACAGAGGAUUGCUUGUUGCUCAAACAACAUUUGGAGGAGCUGGCGGCGGUGGGACAUCUGGACCAAUACAUAGAUGGGGGCAUGAAAGCCGCUCCACUGGAACAGACCAAACCAAACGGCCUAGCCGUCCUGGACGCAGCGCCACAAGGUGUAAUCAAUGUCAUCCAUGGCAUCAUUGAAUCGGCAAGGGUCUGCGAGCUGCGAGGGAUGAUUAAGAAAGCCGAGCACAUGAGGGAGGUGCUCUCCGUUCAGCCCGCUGUGAAGAAAGGGAAGACUGAAGAGAAGGAUAUCCUUGCCUUUUCAAGUAAGGACAUGGAGAGAAUUCAAAUGCCCCACAACGACGCCUUGGUAGUGACUCUUCGCGUCAAAGACUUCGACAUCAAGAGGAUUUUGAUUGACCAGGGGAGUUCAGUCGAAAUCAUGUAUUAUGAUGUGUUCAAACAAAUGAAGUUGGAGGACAAGGACUUGGCCCCUGCUACAUCUCCAUUGGUUGGCUUUAACUCUCAACCAGAAUGGCCGAUCGGAAAGAUCAUACUGUCGGUCAGAGCGGGAUCAGUCACGAAGCAAGUGGAGUUUUGGGUGCUUAAAGUCCCAUUGACCUACAACUUAAUUUUGGGCAGGGGCUGGUUGCACGCCAUGCAAGCAGUAGUGUUGACCUACCAUCAGGUUCUGCGCUUCUCGGCACCAACCGGGCAGGUAGAAGAGGUUUGGGGAGACUAG